AUGCGUCAAGCCCUCUCGGCGAUUCUCCCUGACACGAACACAGCCACACUCUCGGGCGCUGUCGACAUUAUCGCCGUGCGCUCUGCCGACGGCACCCUCGCAACCACCGCGUGGCAUGUCCGCUUUGGGUUGCUCAAGGUCGUUCAGAGCCGAGAGCGUCCCGUCACGAUCCGCGUCAAUGGAGUUGAGGCCGAUGAGAAAAGCUGUCGCAUGGUGUUGAGCGCUGCAGGAGAGGGUCGAUUCGUCGCCGGCAGUGCGCAAAAGGCGCCAGGGGUGGCGGGCGGCAGCGACGAGCAGGCUCUGGCUGCGCACCCUCCGCCUGACUGGCUGAGGUGCCUCAGGCUCCAGGGCGGGCGGAACGAGGUGUGCUUCUCCGUCCGAUCGCGCCUGCACGGCGAAACUGAGACCGAAGGCCAUCUCUCACUCGCCUCGUCCCUCUCCUUCAGCUGGGAGCCAAGCUCGAGACUGGUCAUCAGCGACAUCGACGGCACCGUAACGCGCUCCGACGUGCGUGGCAACAUCCUGCCCGCGAUCGGGUGGGACGACUACGCGCACGAGGGUGUUGCGCAGUUGUACACCGCCAUCGCAGCUCGCGGAUUUUGCGUGGUCUACUUGUCGAGUCGCAACAUUGGCCUCGCAGACCGCACCAAGCAGUACAUCUCCGGCUUGCGGCAGCAUCGCGCUGGCGGCGAGACGGUCGACUCACUGCCCGAGGGGCCUGUGAUCACCUCUCCGAGCCGGAUGGCCGAUGCGCUCAUCCGGGAGUUCGACCACACGGCGCAUCUCUUCAAGAUUGACAUCCUCGAGCAGGCGCGAGCAGACCUCGGCGCCUACGAGGCGGCCGGCAUCCCGCGUGAACGGAUCUUCAUUGUGGACAAGGAGACGCGACUGGCGGUUGCGCAGCAGCCACAGCAGUCCCAGGCCGCUGCGGAACACACGGGGGACGCGCGUCACAGCUACCGGACCCUGCUGGCGUCUGUGGAGGACAUGUUCCCGACUGUGUCCUAA